AUGUUGCUCUUUGCCUUUCUUCUCCUGCGCAUCUCCGAGGCCUCGUGCUGGGUUUGGGUUGUGUCUAGGGGUCGGCCGGAGAGCCCAGUGAGUGCCCAGAGGAACUCAGAGGAAGGAAAGCAGGCCGUCCAUCGAACCGGGCUUUGCCAUACGUAUCCCAUCGCAGCCCCCGAAGAUGUGCUGCGAGAUGCUGCGAGGCAUCCGUGUCUUCGCAGGCCCUGCGGGGUUCCCAUGGGCACGCGGAUCCCGCUGAGGGGCCACCAGCCGUUUCUUGGCGGGAUUCUGGGGCCUCUUGGGGAGGUUGUUGUGGACGGCCCAGAGAUCGUCUUUGACUCGGUGAACCACGCGCUGAACGUCCAAAACCUCAUCUCCUGCCGCUACGGCGUGUUCUGCCACGGCACGGAGGUGGAGGUGAAGGGCAGCAAGUCCGCGUGCAACGGCACGCUAGCGUGCCGGACGGAUCAUGCGGGGGGCCCCGCCGACGCGAAUCACAGCGCCGUGCAGAGGGACCUUGCAAACAGUACCUUUGCCGUCGCAAACCUCCUUGUCUGCCGCUUCGGCUCCUACUGUCACGGUGGAUGGUGGUGGCAUGAUGGCCGGAGGGAGUGCCGUGGCGGCCUCGUGUGCCGCCAAGGCCCGUACUACCUGGACCACUUCGAUGCAGACCCCAGUGGCCCCAGUGCCUCAAGCCAGGUGGCAGGGGAGCUGAGCAACCUCACCACCAUGCAAACCGGCAGUUCGGAAGAGGCCGAACUCUUCGCCUGCCGCUAUGGCUCCUACUGCCGGGGAGGCUGGUGGUGGCACCACGGGCACCGUCAGUGCCGCGGCGGCAUGGUCUGUCGAGGCGGACACGGCGGUGGCGGCGGCGGAGGCGGUGGCGGCGGAGGUGGCGGCGGCGGCUGCUGGUGA